AUGAAGUGUCAUGUUGUCAUCAAAAAUCCUUUUGAAUUCAUAUUGUGGAGUGGACGAGAGUUGAAGGAGUAGAUACCGCUGCUCUGGUUCGGGAUCAAGCAGGAGAUUCUCACAUACUUCAAUCUGAAUUAGUAGCGAAAUUGAUAACCGGAGAGAUGGUAACCCACAUCCACGGAGCUGCGGGAAUUGUUUUCGUUGCGUCUUUAUUGCUAUGCAAGGUGGAGGCUAACGGGAAUGAGGGGGCCGUCUUCCUGAGGGAGUUCACGCUGAUUCGACGUGAUGACCUCCCAGAGGAGUCUUCUCCUGAAGACACGGGCAGCAGUAAGCCUGACGACUCGAGCUCUCGUACAGCCCGCUCAGAGGAGGACCGUGACACCCUGUGGGAUGCCUGGGGAUCGUGGAGCGAGUGUUCCCGCACCUGCGGCGGCGGGGCCUCCUACUCUCUGAGACGCUGCCUCAGCUCCAAGACUUGUGAAGGGCAGAAUAUAAAAUACAAGACAUGCAGCAAUGUGGAUUGCCCCCCCGGGUCCGGUGACUUCCGCGCACAGCAGUGCUCCGCCCACGUGGAUGUCCGCUACCAGGGCCGGUUCCACGAGUGGCUGCCCCUGGACAACGACCCCGAGAACCCGUGCGCCCUGAAGUGCAAGGCCAAGGGCGCGGGCCUGGUGCUGGAGCUGGCCCCCAAGGUGCUGGACGGGACGCGGUGCUACACCGAGUCCUUGGACAUGUGCAUCAGCGGGGUCUGCCAGAUUGUUGGCUGCGACCUUGAACUGGGGAGCGCGGCGAAAGAGGACAACUGUGGAGUGUGCAACGGGGAUGGCUCAUCCUGCAGGCUAGUGCGCGGGCACUACAAAUCCCAGCAUGCCGCGGGGAAGAACGAAGACACGGUCAUCGUCAUCCCCUAUGGCAGCCGUCACGUGAGGCUGGUCCUGAAAGGGCUCGAUCACUUGUACUUGGAGAGCAAGACGCUGCCGGGCGUGAAGGGCGAGAACAGCCUCGGCGUUCCUGGGACUCACCACCUGGAGAACACCACUGUGGACUUCCAGAAGUUUCCCGACAAGGAGGUCCUGCGGAUAAUGGGGCCCCUGGGUGCUGACUUCACCAUCAAAAUCCGUUACAAUGGAGGGGUGGACAGUGUGGUUCAGUUCAUCUUCUACCAGCCCAUUAUUCACCGCUGGAGGGAGACGGACUUCUUCCCCUGCUCGGUGACUUGCGGCGGGGGGUAUCAGCUGACCUCAGCGGAGUGCUUUGACCUGCGCAGCAGCCGGGUGGUGGUGGACCAGUACUGUCACUACUACCCCGAGAACAUCAAGCCCAAGCCCAAACUGCAGGAGUGCAACCAGGACCCGUGUCCAGCCAGUGACGGCUACAAGCAAAUCAUGCCCUAUGACCUCUACCACCCCCUGCCUCGGUGGGAGAGCAGUCCCUGGACGGCCUGCUCCACCUCCUGCGGCGGGGGGAUCCAGAGCCGCUCCGUCUCCUGCGUGGAGGAGGACAUGCAGGGCGUCAUCACCCACGCCGAUGAGUGGAAGUGCCUGUACUCUCCCAAAAUGGCCGUCCUGCAGGCCUGCAACACCUUCGACUGCCCGACCUGGCUCGCCCAGGAGUGGUCACCUUGCACAGUGACGUGCGGGCAGGGCCUGCGCUAUAGGGUGGUCCUGUGCAUCGAUUACAGGGGUCUGCACGCUGGGGGCUGCAACUCUAAGACCAAGCCCCACAUCAAGGAGGAGUGCCUGGUCACUGUGCCCUGCUACAAGCCCAUAGAGAAGCUUCCUGUGGAGGCCAAGCCACCAUGGUUCAAGCAGGCCCAGGAGCUGGAUGAGCUCACCGCAGUGACCGAGGAGCCCACGUUCAUUCCUGGGGCCUGGUCCCCCUGCAGCCGGACGUGUGGGGCGGGGACACAGAGCCGGACGGUCAGGUGCCAGGUCCUGCUGUCCUUCUCCCAGACGGUCGCGGACCUGCAGGAGGACGAGUGUGAGGGGCCCAAACCCGCCGAGUCCCAGCCCUGCUACCGCCGGCCCUGCAGGGGGGAGGGAGGGGAGUGGGAGGAGGAGGAGGAGGAGGAGGAGACGGAGGGGGACCGCCCCGUCGAAAGAGAGGAGCUUCACGACUGGGAGUACGAAGGGUUCACGGAGUGUUCCGAGUCCUGCGGCGGAGGUGUGCAGGAGGCGGUGGUGGUCUGUGUGAAUAAGCAGACCCAGGAGAGGUCCUCAGAGGAGAGCCUGUGUGUGAGCUCCCGCCGGCCCCCUCAGCUGCUCCGGACCUGCAACACUGAGCCCUGCCCACCCAGGUGGGAGACGGCAGCCUGGAGCUCCUGUUCGGCCACCUGCGGGGUGGGCCUGAUGAGCCGGGCCGUGUCCUGCACCCACCUCCAGUCCCGAGAGGACAACCGGACGGUCACCGUGAGCGACGGCAAGUGCCGCCUCCCCAAACCCAGCCCGGUCCAGGCCUGCAACCGCUUUGACUGCCCGCCCAUGUGGGAGCUGAAGGACUGGGCCCAGUGUUCCCGUAGCUGUGGAGGCGGCAUGAAACGGAGGGAGGCCCUCUGCAAGCAGCGUCUCGCGGACGGCAGCGUCCUGGAGCUGCCCGACACCUUCUGUCCCUCGCCGAGCCCACCUACCCUCCAGCCCUGCGAGAAGAGGGAGUGUCCCCCUCGAUGGGUCCCGACAGAGUGGUCCCAGUGCUCAGCCACCUGCGGAGAGGGGACCCAGAAACUGGCGCUGGUGUGCAGGAAGCAGGAGGAGAACGGGGAGCACCGCACCCUGGCCCAGGAGGCCUGUGCCCCCGUCCCCCAGCCCGUGACCGUCCGGGCGUGCUCCCUGGGCGCCUGCACGAAGAAUUUCAGGCCAGGAGGCACUAAACUGGGUCCAAGCAUCCUGGCUCAGCGGAAGGUCUACAUCCAGUGGAGGAAGGAGAAGAAGCUGCAGCUGGUUAUGGGGGGGUACGCCUACCUCCUGCCCAGGACCUCCGUCUUCAUCCGCUGCCCCGUCAGGCGCUUCCGCAAGGGCCAGAUCCGGUGGCUGAAGGACGGGAAGGCCCUCCUCAGCCAGCCCCACCUCCUGGUUACCCCGCUGGGCUACAUCAAAAUCCAGCACCUCCGGGCCUCGCAUGCCGGGGUGUACGCCUGCGCGGCAGGCCAGGCCCAGGAGAACCUCGUCCUGAAGGUCAUCGGCAGCAAGCGGAAGCUUCCGGUCCCGGACGGGAGCCUGUGGCUGACGGAGGCCGAGGGGAAGGCCCCUCCGGAGGACCUGCGGCUCUCCUUCGGCAAGUACGACGCCAUCGUCCAGCGCCUUCUGGAGCUGAAGGGGGCCGCCAGGGAGGGCCCAGAUUCCAGGGAGCUGCUGGACUCGGCCGAGAACAACGCGUCCACCCUGGAGGAGGACAGCGCCGGGGAGGCCUGGGUCUCCCAGACGCUGGUCACGGAGACGUGGAGGCUGGACGAGAUUGUCAGGAACCUGUCGCUCCACCCCCGCGACCAGCAGACGCUGCACAGUGACCAGCUCCUCACCCAGCUGCUGGUGGAGCUCAGCAAGAACCACGGCGAGAGCAACGAGUCCACCCUGCUCCACCCCGGCAGGCCCGCCACUGAGUCCUUCACCCAAAGCUCCAAAGCCGGCCCAGACGCCACCAAGUCCGGGGGUUCCACAGGGACCCACAGGGAACUUUCUAGAGCCCCAGCCAUCCUGCAGAAAACACUGAGCUUGGACAAGGAGCAGUCCCCCUUGGAGAUCGUGGCCCAAGUGGGUACCCCAGUCUUCCUGCCGAGACAGACCAUCAGCUUGGAGCUCAGGUGUGAGGCGGCGGGCACCCCAGAGCCUGUCAUCACCUGGACCAAGGAUGGGGUGGAGCUUGUUUACAGCAGCAGGGUAGGCAGGCUGCCAGGGGGCUCCCUGAGAAUCCUGGCUCCGCGCGAGGCUGACGUGGGGCUGUACACAUGCACCGCCGGGAACCGCGCCGGCUCCACCUCCCUGUCUUCCUCGCUCAGGAUCGCAGAACCACCAGAGCCUUCCCCGGAUGACCCCCUCUGGACUGCCCUGGCCCAUGCAGCAGAACCUGGUGUCCACGUCCUGCUGAUGACCGGCAACUUCACCAAAACUACUCUGCAGAGCGGCACCACUGCCCUCAUCGGCUGCCCUGUAAGGGGUUACCCCACGCCUAAGGUGUCCUGGUUCCUGAACAGGCAGCCCCUGUCCCAGACGGCAGGAGUACCCCAUCAGCUCUUGGCAGGAGACCAGGCCCUCCACCUACCCAACAUCACCCGAACCCUGAGGGGUGAAGUGAGCUGCAGUGCAGAGAAUAAAGCGGGAGCUCUGCAGCAGAGGAAGGUCCUGGACGUACAAGGGGUCAAGGCGCCGGGAUUGAAGUGUCUGGUAGACGGUGUUGAGGGGAACCACUCACUGUGCCGAGACAAGAAGAACACCACACAGAGGACAGCGGCCUGCCAAGGACAACACUGCCCCCCCAGGUGGCAGGCCUCCGCCUGGUCUCCUUGCUCCGUCAACUGUGGAGGAGGUGUGCAGGUGCGCCGGGUGUACUGCCAGCAGGGGUCCCAGGAGGAGGACAGCUGUGUCGGGGCAGGGAGGAAGCCCCCAGACACCCAGCUGUGUAACGCCAUGCCCUGUGUGGAGUGGGCUGCGUCUGCCUGGGGCCAGUGUAACGGACGCUGUGUGGGACCCCGUCUGGCUACACAGCACAGGCAGAUGUUCUGCCAGGACAGGAACGGUACCAGAGUCCACCAGGCCGAGUGCGGCUCUCUGCCCAGGCCGGGUUCCUACCGGAACUGUUCCGCAGACGCCUGCGCUGUGCAGUGGCGGCCGGGACCCUGGACUCAGUGCACCUCCACCUGCGGCAGCCACGGCUUCCAGGCCCGGCGCGUGCCCUGCGUCCACCAGCGCAGCGGGAGGAGCGCCCGGGAGGCGAACUGCGCCUGGAGGACGCGUCCCUCCACCUGGCAGCGCUGCAACAUCCAGCCCUGUGCCCGGGAGGAGUGCAGAGACAGCACCAGGUACUGUGAGAAGGUGCGGCAGCUGGAACUCUGCUCAAUGGCCCAAUUCAAAACUCGGUGCUGCGAGUCUUGCCGGAGCAGCUGAGGUCACCCCCUCCUCCACGUCCCCAGGGGGCGCUGUGACUGAUCCACUCACCAGCCUGACUGCAAAACACCAUCACUUGGUCUGGACAAAUAAAAAAACAAGAGACCUAAAAAUGAAUUUGACACCAAUGAAGGCUUCCAUUUGAUUGUGUUAUUUAUAUUUUGUUACCAUUCUGGUGGAUCAUACAGCAACGAGAGGCUUGUCGGAACUGCACUCAGCGUGUCUGCAACCAGGAAAGACUUUUGCACCUGUGGCUGUGGUUUUGUCCCACAGCACCUGCUGGAUCUCACAGUGUAAACUCCCAGGAGGAAAAGCACAUACUGAACAGACCUUCAGGCCUUGAAUGUCAAGUUAAUUUGGUGUUCUUUUUUUUUUACAUUUACAAAGAAAAUCCCCCUGGUCAGACUUUUCCUGUGUUUUCUGUAUAUUUGUCAUGUGGUGGAGGUGGGCAGAGUUCCCUCUCACAUACAGAAUUGUGGUUUGGAACAUGCAGCGUGCACAACCGUUACAGGACUACUUCAGCUGCCCAUUGUUUCCCCUGUCAAAGGCACAGCAUCGAAGGUCACUUCUCCAUUUCUCUAUUUCUGGUGACUCAUGUGUAGAGUGUAUAAUUAUAGAUGUGACAGGGAAGUCUGGACUGCGACUCACGUUACCUGUAGAGUUUAUUGUGAAUUUCAUUUAAAUUUAUUGGUACCAAAUGGCCUUAAUAUGAUGCUACGGCUGGUUUGCACAGGUCCAGGAGCACUGUGGCUAGAGUGGCUGCACAGAACGCAAGAAGGCUGUCCGGUCCACACGUCCAUGAGAAACCCUUGGUACCUCACGUCAGUCUGUUUGUGCCCCUAUCUCAGCAGAGAUGGACUGAGGUCAUGACCAGCAGUGGGUGGAGUCCAUAGAGCGGCCACAUAUUUUAUUAAGAAUUUUCCAGAAUCCAUGUCCUGGCCUACAAUAAUCAUAAGCAUCAUAAACCAUUUUUUGUAUUUGCAUAUCAUUACUACUGUACAAUUGUGAUUAUCAUUAUUAUAAAAUGUUUCCCUGUUUGGUAAUUUCAAGCAAUAAACUAUUUUUUGUCAGUAUAACAUUGUAGAAGACGUGGCCUGCAGAACUCUAGACGUGUUGAUCAAAACACAAUAUAUUUUAGAGCAGGAAUGUGAAAUUCAAGUCCUGGGUACAGAUGUUUGCUUCCACCAAUUACCACCGUACCAAUUAGCUGUAAAACUCAGUGGUUUCCUUACUACUACUAACACAAUCAAACAUUGAAAAAGUUGAUGGUGAGUCUGUCAUUGCACUAUACUGUAUGUUUAAUGUCCAAGAUGCUACAGUAAUAAUGUAAUACCAUACAGUGACAUGAGAUACAAAUUGGUAUUAUGAAUCCCGUUUCGUGUUUCAGCGUAUGACUAAGACAGCACACAGGGGAAGGAAUUAAUAUUUUCUAUCUUUUUAAAAACUGGAGUAUUUUAGUCACUGCUCAAACUCAUCUUUAGGUGCCCCUCCUUCUCCCCUUUUGCCGAAAUGGGCAGCAUGUCACCAUAGCAAUGCGUAAUACGAUGCAGAAAUUAUGACGAAAUAAAAUUCUCAUUUCCUUAUAGAAGGUUAUGCAUUUCAGUAUCCUCAUUUUCAUAUUGAAAAUGGCCUGUGUCCUGUGACUUCAGAUUUUCGAUUUGAGUGAGUGUUUUUCAGUGUGCCUAAUUAGUCACUGAUGAGCUCAAUUGAAAUGUGACUUGAUUGAAAUAUAUUCAGUCACCAAAAUUCCAUGAUUUUACCCAUGUAUACAUACUAUACUGUAUUCAAUGCAGUAUGCACAGAGCUUUUUAUUUUGCUAAUGUUUUUAUUUUUUUUUUGGAAUUAAAUAUAAAACACGGUGGUUUACAUAGUGUAACUCAUGUCAUUAAAACUUGCCCCAGGCAUUAAGUUGGAGUGUAAAUCAAAUGGGUAGUCAGGGAAUAUUGUCAAGUUAACAAGUUCUGUAAAUAUUUGAUGAUUUUUUUUACUAGAGCUUUUUUGUUUGUUGUAUCUAUAUUGGUUAUAUUUAUUACAAUGUCAGAUUUUGUGCAAGUGCAAUUGUUUUUGUAAAUGAAAGAGAUUUGUUACGUAGUUCUGCUGUACAUGAACAUUUCCGGUUUCGUUCAGGCAUGUAGUAGUUGCUGUCAGUACAGUGCAUGUGUAACGCAGGCUUAUAUUGCGGACUUGCUAUGUUCAGAUAUACUGUACCAAGCCUGGUCAUUCUGCAGAUAAUAAAAAAGAUUUACAUUCCUUUCAAA